CAAUAUCGAUCAGACUAAUGAAGCGUUAAAAAUAUGUUGGCAACAGUGGGCCAAGGCCAUUGAUUCUCCUACGGAAAAAUUUUCUAUUCAAAUUAAAAAAUGACCAUCACAGACGAAACAAUAUUACCCACCGAUGAAGAAUUGACGGUCCAAGAAGUGAAUAUAUCAGGCCCACUUUUGAAAGCAGGAGCUUUUCAUUUGGGAAAAACUUGCGAGUAUGAAAAUAAUGAAUUCAUGUUAUGUCGCAAAGAAUUAAAAGAUCCCCGACAAUGUCUGAACGAGGGCAAGGCCGUUACUAACUGCUCGCUUAAUUUUUUUCGGCAAAUUAAGAGAACUUGUGCUGACGAAUUCACCCAGUAUGCCUACUGUCUUGAUAAAUCUAGCCCUGAUCAGAAGUUAAUACCAUGCAGGAAGACGCAGGCCGUUUUCGACAAAUGCGUAAAAGACAACCUGGGCCUUGAUAGGCCACCUUUCGACUACUUCGGCAGGGUGCAUGUUCAUCAAACAGCUCGUCCAAAGCCCCCAGUGGAGGGUCCGGCUGUUUAUCCAGACGCAACUCCUGGACUUCCAGAGGAUGUAGAGAAGCCACCAGCAAAAUACGGAUCACGUUACUUGUUCAUGUGGUAAUUUCCGACUCAAUCAAGCAAAUUGUAUGUUGGCUACCGCAGAUUCUUAGUAUAUUUGUUAUAAUAAAGUGACUUUAGUUCAACUAAA